CUGGCACCAGAGUGGGUCCUGGGGGGAAGGAGUCCUCCUGACCGCAGCGUGGGUGGCCCCUGCUGGGGAGGGGUGGCCUGGGCACCUGGCCCAGUGGGGAGUGUUGGGUUGCAGGACUCGGGGCUGGGCCCCAUCAGGCUGGGACCACUGAGAGGCACAAGACAGGAGCCAGGCCGGGGAGAGGCCACUUGGGAGCCUCAGCCUUCCAACCAGGAGGUGCUUGAGCCCAGCCCUGUCCCUGGCACAGUGUGAUCCGGGAAUGGGGCCCAGCACCAGCUCAGCCCCUGCGGCAGGGACAGAGACUGUGCCCACCCCCUCCUGUCCCCGUCCUCCUGGCUGUCAUCCCAAACAGGGACGUGGCCGGACCUGUGAGCUACAUGGACGCUUUUUGCAGGUUUGGAGGAGCGCCCUGUGCCAUGAAGCUGGUGCAGGCUGCCGCCCUCUGGUGGGCGCUAAUGCUGCUGCCUGGGCUGGGCACUGGAGGGAAGGAAGCCCCAGGAGAGGCGUCCUUCUACUAUGGGACUUUCCCACCGGGCUUCUCCUGGGGCGUGGGCAGCUCUGCCUACCAGACAGAGGGUGCCUUGGACCAGGAUGGGAAGGGACCCAGCAUCUGGGACGCCUUUACGCACAGCAGGAAGGGACAGGUGCUCGGGGACAAGACCGCAGACUUGGCCUUCGAUGGCUACUACAAGGCCCAGGAGGACGUCCUGCUGCCGAGGGAGCUGCGCGUCCACCACUACCGACUCUCCCUGUCCUGGCCCCGGCUCCUGCCCACAGGCGUCCGAGCCGAGCAGGUGAACGAGUAGGGGAUCAAGUUCUAUAGCGACCUCACUGAUGCCCUCCUGAGCAGCAACGUCACCUCCAUCGUGACCCUGCACCACUGGGAUCUGCCGCAGCUGCUCCAGGCGAGGUUCGGGGGGUGGCAGAAUGCCAGCAUGGCCGGCUACUUCCAGGACUACGCCGACCUGUGCUUUGAGGCCUUUGGGGACCGCGUGAAGCACUGGAUCACAUUCAGCGACCCUCGGGCCAUGGUAGAAAAGGGCUACGAGACAGGCAAGCACGCGCCCGGCCUGAGGCUGCCUGGCACCGGCCUGUACCAGGCGGUGCACCACGUCCUCAAGGCCCACACCUACACCUGGCAUUCGUAUGACAGCAGGUGGCGCAGCCGGCAGCAAGGCCUGGUGGGGAUUUCGCUGAACUGUGACUGGGGGGAACCCUUAGACAUCAGUGACCCCGGGGACAUAGAGGCUGCUGAGCGAUACCUGCAGUUCUGCCUGGGCUGGUUCGCCAACCCCAUCUAUGCCGGCGACUACCCCCAAGUCAUGAAGGAGCGCAUCGGAAGAAAGAGCACAGAGCAGGGCCUGGAUCGGUCUCGGCUGCCAGCGUUCUCCCGCCAGGAGAAGGGCUACAUCGAAGGCACCUCUGACUUCCUGGGACUGGGUCAUUUCACCACACGGUACAUCACUGAAAGGAACCGCCCCUCUCUCCAGGGGCCCAGCUACCAGAACGACCAGGACUUGGUUGAACUUGUUGACCCAAGUUGGCUGGAUUUGGGGUCUCAAAGCCUCCAUUCCGUACCGUAGGGGUUCAGGAGGCUCCUCCACUUUGCUCAGACUCAAUAUGGCAAUCCUUCCAUAUACGUGGCAGAAAAUGGAACAGCUCAAAAGUUACAUUGUACACAAUUAUGUGAUGAGUGGAGAAUUCAAUACCUUAAAGGAUACAUCAAUGAAAUGCUGAAAGCCCUGAGAGACGGUGCUAACGUAAAAGGGUACACUUGCUGGUCUCUACUGGAUAAGUUUGAAUGGGAGAAGGGCUACACAGACAGAUACGGACUCUUCCACGUGGACUUCACCGCCAGAAGCAAGCCUCGCUACCCCAAGGCUUCAGCUCACUUCUACAAGAAGAUUGUUGCGGCCAACGGGUUUCCCGGGCCCAGAGAGGUGCAGAGCUGGUGCCAGGAAGCCUUGGAGACUUGCUCUGUCAGCACCCAGAUGCGCACUGCAGAGCCUCUGCUGAAGCACAUGCGCCUGGCCUCGGAGAUCACGGUGCCCACGGUUUGCGCCCUCUGCGUGCUCAUCGCAGCGAUGCUGCUCAUGGUCCUGCUUCGGGGCCUGCGCUGAGACCAGCACUGAUCCCGGGGCAGCUGCACCUCAGGGAGAUCCUCAGACCUGUCCUCUCUGCUGCACGGGAUGGGACGUUGCACACGUGUCUGUUGCAAGGCUCUGGGCUAACAGCUUUCUUUUUUCCUCUUUUUCAUAUGUGCUAGGAUUUAAGAUUAGAAAAAAAAAUAGUGUGAAUGAAAUAAAACUCACCUGUGAUCUCUCCUCUCCUAAGGA